AUGACACCAACACUCCUCAGCCUCCCAAGCAAGCUCAUCCAGGCCAUCGCGGACCACAUCCCCUCAGAGCAUGAACUCCGCUGUCUCGCUCAAAGUCACCCCCAACUUGACAGCAUCCUAACCCCCUACAUCAAGGCCCGCAAGGACCGCAAAGAGCGCAGUAAUCUCCUCAUCUCCGCCAUACAAAAUUCCAAACCGCCCCAGCUAUGCCAGCUCCUGCUUCGUGAUGGCGCUGAUCCCGAAGUGAGGGUGCGGACUGAACAGGGCAAGACGGCGCUCCAUUUUGCCGCUGAGACAGGGCAGACCGUCGUUGCGCGCUUGUUACUGUUGCAUAAGCGUAGCCUAGUAAACAUCCGCGAUGGGAUCGGGCGGACGCCUCUCAUGUCCGCUGCGGAGGGUGGGCAUGAAUCAGUGGUGCGGACACUGCUUUCUGCCAAGUAUGGGCCUGCAGAUGUGACUCUGCGCAGCUGCAACAAUCGAAGUGUUCUCUGGUACGCUGCCAAGGGGGGCAAUGUGAAAAUUGUACAGACGUUGCUGGAUACCGGGAAGCUUGAUCAUAAUGCUGCGGACGAUGACGGCGUGACCCCAUUUGCAUGCGCGGCGAGUGAGGGCCAUUGUGAGGUUAUGCGGUUGUUGCUGUCCUUGGAAGGGGUCGAUCCAGAUUGUCGCAUGUAUCAAGGGAGGAAACCAUUAUUGCUAGCUGCUGAAAACGGGAAGGAGGAGGCUGUCAAGUAUUUACUGAGUCUUGGUGUGGAUCCAGACUCAAAAUCUGGCCAUCGGGAAACCCCAUUACUGAUGGCCGCCAGGAGAGGUCAUCCGGGGGUUGUGCAGCAGCUGUUGGUUAAGGGAGUAGAUCCAGAUGCUGCUGACGGUCACCGAAGAACUCCGCUGAUCGCGGCAGCUCUUCAUGGUCAUGCGGAGGUCGUUGAACUAUUGCUGGCAACAGGCAGGGUGCAACUUGAUGCAAGAGAUCACCAAGGGAUGACACCUUUAAUGUGGGCAGCCAAAUUUCAACGGACUCCUGUUGUGGAGCUCCUGCUGUCAACCGGCCAGCUGCAGGUUGAUUUUGAUUUGAGCGAGUUGAGGAAGGGACUAGGGCUAGUUGGCCCGCCAAAGUUGGAUCCGUCUCUUGUCAGGCUUCUCGAUGCUUAUAAGAAACGUGAUGCAUAA